AGUUACGCGAACGCCUUUCAUUGUGCGCGUGGCUGCGCUUCUUGCUGAUACAGCAAGUCCAAAUCCUGUUCAGUAAAGCAGCGUCGGUUCUGCCGAGUCUUCCAUGCAUGAUGUCCAACUUCGACUGAUUUAUACGAGAGCCGGUAUUUUAGCGCACAUUGCCUCUUACAAUCGCCAUCUUGUAUCCUCUACGUAACAUGCUGGGCGACUACGACCCCACACACGACUCAGACUGGAAUGCAAACUCAAUCACAUCUGCCAGCUCUGAAAUGCCAAUCAACGAGCCUCGGGACGAGGAGCGAAAGCUGGUUAAGCUUGCUAUCUGCGAGAUAGACUGUCAUGGCACUCCGCGCAUGACUUCUACGAUGAUGGGGCAUGUGCACGAGAUGAGGCGAAUCCUCGAAGAAGGGGCAGAUAUCAACGAGUACGCACGAUGCACCAGGCCGGCAUGGACUCGAAGCGCGCGGUACGGCACCGGAUGCUGCGUGUCCGCCGCGCUUUGGGUCGCUAUCGAGACCGGAGACGAGAACAUCUUUGCCUUUCUGUUGGCUCACGGAGCCAGUCCGCAUUUGGAGGGUGGGUAUAUGGGAGAUCAUGCCAUUCUCUUCGCAGCGUACAGGGGCCGCAUGGGGAUGGUGAAGAGCCUCUUGGGUGAUGGAGCGGACGCGGACACGACCGCCGCCGACCGCCGCACGGCCUUGCAUUGUGCAGUCGCUUCGAGAUAUACGGCCAUGGCGCGUAUCUUGGUGGAGGCGGGGUGCGACAUCCACGCACGUAAUCAUUCCGGAUACACGCCUUACACAGCCUGCAUAGAUUUAUUUUUCCACGGGAAACCUGAUGCAAAAAUGGUGAAAAUAUCUUAUGUCUGGAUAUGAAAAUAGUUUGAAAAUCGGGUGGAGACAAUUGAAUUAUGUUAUGAUUGUUUUACCGAAACGUAUCAGCAAUAGUGGCUCACCGGGGGCAUGAGCCCAUGAUUCCGCUGGGAACAUUUUGGACACAUCACGAUAACAGUCACAAUGUAACUCUAAUGUUACUGAUGUAAACAUCACAGAAUGAUUUGAAUUAUUUCGAG